AUGCUCAGUGUUGGUUUGCGAAAAUCUCUACCUCUUCUUCUACACCCAAAAGUCACACAAUUUCCUGUUUGUUUCUUCCCCUCCCAGGAAGAACGAUGGAAACUGGAGGAAAAGGCCCGUGAACUAACUAGUGGUUCGGGAAUGAGCACAGAAACUGCCCAGGAAGCUGCCGGCCCGGUGCCGGAAGAAGUCGACGAUGACGAGGACGAAAUGAGCCUUCACACGGAACAGACUGUACGUUUCGGCCUCUCUGAAAUACUUACUCCCGAUGACUUGGAUGAUCAGGAUUACUUGGCUACUAUAAAGGACAAGCUGGUUGUUUGGGACAAAACUAUACUGGGCAAGGAAUACAGGGAAAUUCGGUUAAACAAACGUCAGAGACAGCAACCGGCUCUGAUUACGGAUAUGCCAUUUCUUUAUGGAGAAAAGCUGGGGAGACCUAGCUACGGACCCUACUAUUCUGUGGCAAUUAGUCCCAUCAUAAAGAGGCCGGAUUUGGUGCACCCGGACUUCAUGAGCCAUCCAGAAAAGUACUUCACAAAUCGCGAGGAUUUCACUGGAUCAAGCGCUCUCUUGGUUCACAGUAAACUGCCUCUAGUGGAACAAUGUGAGUGGUUUCCCGUCGUGCUAUUCGUUGUUUGCGACUAUCAGACUUAA